GAGGCCGGGAGUCCUCUCUCGCCCUCCUCGCUGCAGUGCUGCAGUACGGGGGUGACUUGUGGGACCCUGACCUCUCACCUCCUAAGCACCUGGCAGCGGGAGCAGGCGGCGCCCUUUGGAACGGGGGCGGGCCCCGGGGGAGCGGGAUGUCCAGGCGCUGGCGACUGGCGCUUGGCUCUCUCAGCUGGGACCAUGGAAGCGACGGUGGCGCGGGGCGAGGUGCUCAUGAGCCAGGCCAUUCAGCCGGCACACGCGGACUCCCGCGGCGAGCUGAGCGCAGGACAGCUACUCAAGUGGAUGGACACCACCGCCUGCCUGGCAGCUGAAAAACAUGCCGGGAUUUCCUGCGUCACUGCCUCAAUGGACGACAUUCUGUUUGAGGACACGGCCAGAAUUGGACAAAUUAUUACCAUCCGAGCAAAAGUGACCAGAGCAUUCAGCACAAGCAUGGAGAUCAGUAUCAAGGUCAUAGUACAGGACAAGUUCACUGGCGCCGAGAAGCUCCUCUGUGUGGCUUUCUCUACCUUUGUUGCUAAACCAGUCGGAAAAGAAAAGGUCCAUUUAAAACCUGUCCCGCUUCAAACGGAGCAAGAGCAGGUAGAAUACACUCUGGCUGCGGAGAGAAGGAAAGUCCGCCUGCAGCACGAGAGCACCUUCAACAGCAUCAUGAAGGAGAGCGGCCGGUUGGAUGAUCCUGUUUGCAACAAUGAAGAAGGAACAGCCACCACCAUGGGCACCUCCGUUCAGAGCAUCGAGCUUGUCCUCCCACCCCAUGCAAACCAUCAUGGAAACACGUUUGGUGGACAGAUUAUGGCAUGGAUGGAGACAGUUGCAACCAUCUCUGCAAGUCGUCUGUGUUAUGGGCAUCCCUUUCUGAAGUCUGUGGAUAUGUUCAAAUUCCGGGGAUCAUCCACGGUUGGGGACCGCCUUGUCUUCAAUGCCAUAGUUAACAACACGUUUCAGAACAGCGUGGAGGUUGGAGUGCGUGUUGAGGCCUUUGACUGUCAGGAGUGGGCCGAAGGCAGAGGCCGCCACAUCAACAGCGCUUUCCUUAUUUACAAUGCUGUUGAUGAUCAGGAGGAAAUCAUCACCUUCCCCAGAAUCCAACCCAUAUCAAAGGAUGAUCUGCGGCGUUAUCAGGGAGCUAUCGCAAGAAGGAGAAUUCGCCUGGGCAGGAAAUAUGUUAUUUCCCACAAAAAAGAAGCUCCACCCAGCACACAAUGGGAUAUAAGCAAAAAGGAAUCCCUAAGCCAUGCCAAUGUGGAGGCUCUCAAAAACCUGGCAUCCAGAAGCGGUUGGGAGGUCACCAGCACCUUGGAGAAGAUAAAAAUAUAUACCCUGGAAGAGCAAGAUGCCAUAUCUGUUAAGGUUGAAAAGCGUGUUGGCAGUCCAGCCCACACGGCUUAUCAUCUCUUGUCCGACUUCACAAAUCGGCCUUUGUGGGACCCCCAUUACAUCUCCUGUGAUGUCGUGGACCAGGUGGGUGAGGACGAUCUGAUAUAUCACAUCAUCUGCUCUGUGGUAAACGGCGACAAACCCAAAGACAUCACCGUGCUUGUGUCGCGACGAAAGCCCCUCAAAGAUGAUAACACUUACAUCGUAGCAGUGAAGUCGGUCUCCCUGCCGUCCAUCCCAGCUUCUGCACAGUACAUCAGAAGUGAGGUCAUAUGUGCAGGCUUUCUCAUCCAGGCGGUCGACAGCAGUUCAUGCACCGUAACGUACCUGAAUCGGAUAUCAGACAGCAUCCUCCCUUACUUUGCUGGCAAUAUUGGUGGCUGGUCCAAAUCCAUUGAGGAAGCUGCAGCUGCUUGUAUAAAAUUCAUAGAGAGUGCUGCUCAUGAUGGACUUAAAAGCGUGUUAUAAAUGGUCAACUCUCAAUGACCUGUCAUUCAAUGUCCCAGGUUUAAUUCCAAGGGUCCUUGCCCUUUAAUUUGGCAAGCUUUGGGGCCAUACAAAGAUGUGGUGGCAGCCUAAGCACAAUGCAGUUAUGAAGAUAUUAAAAACUAAUAUGUUUUGGUGAUUUGGAUCCGAAUUAUAAGGCCUCUAAAGCCCCACUCUACAGACAUUGGGAAGUUGCCUGGAUGCAAUACUGCAUGAUCUAUAAAACGUCACAACAUUGGUUAAAACUCUCAUGGACAUCUCCAGAAUACAGUUCAAUGUAUAUUCUGCAAUGAUGUGUUUAUAAAAUAUGAAAUGAUGGCAGGCUUUAAGCUGUUUAAUAUUGUUUAAUAUUUUUAAGCUGUUUAAUAUUUUUCUAUGGGCAGCAGAUGUCUCUGUCAGGGGUCUCUGAGAAGAUGUAUUCUAUGUUUUAGAACUUUAAAUUAGGAAGCAUUAAAACAUAAUGAAAUUCGAUCAAUUUUGGUAAUAGGAACUACUUUACUCUUGUCAUUUUGCAUAUAUUCCAGGUAAAUGGCCAAUUUAGUAUCUAUGUCUAUAUAUAGGCACACCAAGCACCUGUAAAGUGUGAUAUUACAAAGAGAAUAUUAAGUGAGCUCUUCUUUAUAGCUGUCCCAUUAGCACUUUAUCCCCUAGACUUCAACAUUUAUCAUUUUACACGAUGAUGGGUCUUAACUCAUAAGACAAACAAAAUGUGUCAGGUAAGCCCCCUUCUAAGGAUGCCUUGUCCAAACUGAAGAUCUCCAGGAGAGGUGGGAGCAAGGGACAGGCUAGGGCCAUCCUGCUCUGAGCUCACUGGAUCUCGGCUUUCACUCUCCUGCCUCCUUCCACUUGCCCACCUGCGUAGGCUAGGGCUGGUUGCAAUUACGUUUACCUCUCUGUUUCAAGUUUUUCCUGUAUGUAAACUUUAGGCUUUAGAAUUCUAUAAAUUACAAUUUAUAUAGCAAAAGAGUAGAUACAAGGAAUAGCACCUUCUAGAAGUAAAAGAACUUCUGAAACUAUUUUAUAUCCUCAAGGGUGAUAGAAUUAGUGAUAAAGAGCUUAUAUUAUACUAUAACUUAGUGUCUUAAAAUCUCAGACUUCCAAAUGAAGAUACUUCUAAAUGCUGUAUGCAGAGGUGUAGGAGGAGGUCAC